AUGAGUAGUCCAAAGCGGAGAAUCGAGACAGAUCUGACUCUGAGCAGGAUGUUGAUGAGUGACUAUGAGGUAACUCUGGUCAACGACAAUAAAUUCUAUGUCCGCUUCAAGGGCCCUGAGGAAACACCUUUUGCCGGUGGUCACUGGAAGAUUCACGUCGAGCUACCUGAUCAGUAUCCCUACAAGAGCCCAAGCAUUGGUUUCGUAAAUCGGAUCUUUCACCCCAACAUCGAUGAGCUUUCGGGGUCCGUUUGCCUGGACGUCAUCAACCAAACAUGGUCGCCGAUGUACGACAUGCUCAACAUCUUCGAGGUCUUCCUUCCACAACUCCUGCGCUAUCCGAACCCCUCGGACCCAUUAAACGGCGAAGCAGCCGCGAUGCUGAUGAGGGAACCUAAGAGUUACGACGCAAAGGUGAAGGAAUAUGUGGCAAAGUACGCUAGUAAAGAGGCGGUGGACGAUGCCGGAGAAGACACAGAGUCCGAAGAUGAAUUAAGUUCCGCAGGCAGCUACGAAUCGGGCGGGGAAGAACCGGUUGGUACAAUGGACGACGUCUAA